AAAAUACGGCCGAAAAGUAAAGUGGAUUGAAGUUUAUUUUGAUACCCAUCUCAAAAAGGAAAGCAAAAAGAAGUAUUGGGCCGGAGAGCUGGACAUUAAUAGUCUUGCGGGAUUUGAGUUUAUUUUUGAAAAAUCAAGAGAAAUCUAUGUAAGUUAUCUUUAUCAUUUUUGAAUAAUUAGAACAUUAGCGUAUUAAGUUUUAGUACAACAACUAACAAUUUGUUUCCAUAAUUGUAGUUACGAUACCGAAGUGAUAUGAUCAAGUUGCAUGGGUCGGAUCUCAACCAACAUCCGGAUGAUCUUGAUGUGUGGGCGAGAGUGGCAGGAGAUAAAAAGGGCCGGAUGUUCGGGGUAGGAUCUUCAGAUCCUAAUUUCGUGAUAACUGGGAAAUUGUCUACAUCUACCGAAUCUAAAUUAUAUGUUGAUGCUAUAAGGUCACAAGAGGAGGUUGAAAAAGUCCGAGUUGAAAUGGAAAAGGAACUUGCAAAUGAAAGGGAUGCGAGACAGGAGUUGGAGCAAAAAGUGCAACAGAUGGAAAAAGAAAUGAAAGAAAAUGAAGAAAAGAGGCAAAAACAAUUUGAAGAGUUUAUGAAAAAAUUCCAGCCUCCCGUUAGUCAGUAGCAGUAGUUUUUUAAUUAUCCCGGAUCUUUAUGUUUAACAACGGUGAUUUUGUGAUUGAAACGGGCUCGGAAUUUUUGUUACUUAUUCCGAAUCUUUAUGUUUAA